AUGGAGCGUGGUUCCAGAGAUAGCUUGGAGGACGCAGUCAGCAGGGCUCUGACCAGUAGGCCCAAAUCAGUCAAGGCCAGACAACGGUAUCCUCCACCUGACCCAGACCCAUCUGUAAAUGUGGUUACCCAACAACAUGCAGAGGUAGUGUCAGUGUCAAUGUGCCAGCACCGCUCUCAGACUCCACAAGGCAUGUAUGGUGGAAACUUGAAUACCUUUACUACCGCAGCUGCUACUGGUGCUGUGGUGCCAUCUAGGCAUCAUCAGAGGCACCAGCAGAGAGACAGCUUUGCUCCACUGAGGGACCUAGGCGUCAUGGCCUCCCCUGUAGGUAGGCCCAUGUCCGCCAGGGGGUACCGACGACAACAACAACAACCCUCCCAGCACACACCAGAUGGAGAGAGGAACCAAUCUCAAGUGGAAACUCAUCAUCCACAUGACCUGACUCCGAGUCAACCUCCCCUGAACCAGGCAUCGAAGAUAGCUCCUGUCAACUGGUCUGGAGAGGGGGCGUCCUCAAGAUCCCCACAUCCGGCUGAGACCCCCUGUGUGUCUCAGGAUGACCUGAACAGAGGGAAGAGUAGCGGUUCCUUUGACCAAGACGAACCAGAGUUGAAAGGUCAGAGAAUCAGGCCCAAGUCAUCUAAGGGACGGCAGCGAUACCCAGUACAACCACAACCUCAAAGUCAGGAGGACCAACCUUGGAACACACACAACACUCAAGGACAGGGACAGGGACACCAUCGGUACCCAGUUCUAACUCAAAGUCAAGAGCACCAUGCUCCAGACGCAAAGAGUAUAGAGCGGCCAGGCAGUCAUGUUUAUCCCAGUCAUAAUCAAGCAGCAGCAGAUAUGGUGGAGUCCAAUACAAAUACGAUGCACUCAUACUCCUUGUCUACACAUCCACUCCUUGUACCUCAAGUAUCCAGCAGCUCCCUCAACAAGUACUGUGUUUUGCCCUCCAUCAGAAAGAGAGACACUAAGAGUUUUCCAAAGCAUAUGGACCAGUAGCCUCACCUCAACAUGGAUUUCUAAACCUAUAUUUUCAACAAACAACUAUCUGUGUUGUUUUAUGCUAUGUGUGUAGGAGGGAACUGAGUUAUUGAAUGAUAAUGCUUAUUUGUGUGGGGAACUUAAUUAUAGUACAGUUGAAGUAGGAAGUUUACAUACACUUAGGUUGGAGUCAUUAAAACUCGUUUUUCAACCACUCCACAAAUUUCUUAUUAACAAACUAUAGUUUUGGCAAGUCGGUUAGGACAUCUACUUUGUGCAUGACACAAGUAAUUUUUCCAACAAUUGUUUACAGACAGAUUAUUUCACUUAUAAUUCACUGUAUCACAAUUCCAGUGGGUCAGAAGUUUACAUACACUAAGUUGACUGUGCCUUUAAACAGCUUGGAAAAUUCCAGAAAAUGAUGUCAUGGCUUUAGAAGGCUAAUGUACAUCAUUUGAGUCAAUUGGAGGUGUACCUGUGGAUGUAUUUCAAGGCCUACCUUCAAACUCAUGGCUUUAGAAGGCUAAUGUACAUCAUUUGAGUCAAUUGGAGGUGUACCUGUGGAUGUAUUUCAAGGCCUACCUUCAAACUCAGUGCCUCUUUGCUUGACAUCAUGGGAAAAUCAAAAGAAAUCAGCCAAGACCUCAGAAAAUUUUUUUUGCAGACCUCCACAAGUCUGGUUCAUCCUUGGGAGCAAUUUCCAAAUGCCUGAAGGUACCACGUUCAUCGGUACAAACAAUAGUACACAAGUAUAAACACCAUGGGACCACGCAGCCGUCAUAUCGCUCAGGAAGGAGACGCAUUCUGUCUCCUAGAGAUGAACGUACUUUGGUGCGAGAAGUGCAAAUCAAUCCCAGAACAACAGCAAAGGACCUUGUGAAGAUGCUGGAGGAAACAGGUACAAAAGUAUCUAUAUCAACAGUAAAACGAGUCCUAUAUUGACAUAACCUGAAAGGCUGCUCAGCAAGGAAGAAGCCACUGCUCCAAAACCGCCAUAGAAAAGCCAGACUACGGUUUGCAACUGCACAUGGGGACAAAGAUCGUACUUUUUGGAGAAAUGUCCUCUGGUCUGAUUAAACAAAAAUAGAACUGUUUGGCCAUAAUGACCAUCGUUAUGUUUGGAGGAAAAAGGGGAAGGCUUGCAAGCCAAAGAACACCAUCCCAACCGUGAAGCACGGGGGUGGCAGCAUCAUGCUGUGGGGGUGCUUUGCUGCAGGAGGGACUGGUGCACUUCACAAAAUAGAUGGCAUCAUGAGGAAGGAAAAUGAUGUGGAUAUAUUGAAGCAACAUCUCAAGACAUCAGUCAGGAAGUUAAAGCUUGGUCACAAAUGGGUCUUCCAAAUGGACAAUGACCCCAAGCAUACUUCCAAAGUUGUGGCAAAAUGGCUUAAGGACAACAAAGUCAAGGUAUUGGAGUGGCCAUCACAAAGCCCUGACCUCAAUCCUAUAGAACAUUUGUGGGCAGAACUGAAAAAGCGUGUGCGAGCAAGGAGGCCUACAAACCUGACUCAGUUACACCAGCUCUGUCAGGAGGAAUGGGCCAAAAUUCACCCAACUUAUUGUGGGAAGCUUGUGGAAGGCUACCCGAAACGUUUGACCCAAGUUAAACAAUUUAAAGGCAAUGCUACCAAAUACUAAUUGAGUGUAUGUAAACUUCUGACCCACUGGGAAUGUGAUGAAAGAAAUAAAAGCUGAAAUAAAUAAUUGUCUCUACUAUUAUUCUGACAUUUCACAUUCUUAAAACAAAGUGGUGAUCCUAACUGACCUAAGACAGGGAAUUUUUACUAGGAUUAAAUGUCAGGAAUUGUGAAAAACUGAGUUUUAAUGUAUUUGGCUAAGGUGUAUGUAAACUUCCGACUUCAACUGUAAAUGAAAUAAAGCUUAACUUGAUCUCUCUUGUUAGUCAUAAAACAGUCUGUCGUGCUGUAGUUGGUAGUUAGAACUCCUCAGCGAUACCUGACUUUGUCUCUAGAUGGCGACAAAGAUGAAUAAAAAGUGAAGUAGGCCUACAUUUUGUAUUUUUGAAUUCUACAAGUAGAGGUAGGUCAGAAGGAACAAAUUAGUUAUUUCUGAUUAUUUGGCAAAAGGCUUUGUCUUUUUUGUAUCAAGGUACAAGCAUGCUGUCCUCAAUGCUGCAAUCAAUCUUUUUUCCUUCAUGACAAACCCAAUCAAUGGGGAUAUGAAACUAUAAUGCUAGAAUCAAUAUAAACAGAAGAUUAUUGAUUUUAUUAUAGCCAAAAUAUGUAUUUUGCUCACAUUAGUUUGUGUAUAAACUUUGAUUCAAUGUGCUAUAUUUUAAGUGACCUGUUGUCUGUGUGUUAUUAUCUGUUAAUAAAUAUUAAUAAUGUCUUAUACACAUGAUCUAUACUCACAGCCUGACCACAAUGAAGUACAACCGCUAUUCCAUUCGUAAGGUAGCGUAGUGUAAUGCAACGUAACAUAUGAUACUAAAUGGAGGGAUACAUAUGUGUGUCCCAAAUCCAACGAAAUGCCCUGAGGCUAGGUUGAUGCUCAACUUACAUCAGUGUACCUGCAGCCACAUGACCUUAACAAUCAUAACAGAUGCAACACCUGCCAGUGCCAAUGUAACUACAUACUGUACCUGUUACCAUGGUUUCUUCACAGUAACUCAGACUAUCUAGACUUAGUAAAGGUCAGUGAUAGCAAGUUCCAGGCAGGCAUGUUCCAUACUGAUUAGACCUAUAGGUCAGAGCAGUUAAAGGAGAGGAAGCCGUUUUAGAAAAAAAAGCUGUUUGCCUUUUGCCAGUAUUGCAACUGAUUAGAAUGUACACGGGAGACCCUCAAUUGCAUUUAAUUGAUUCCUCAAAUAUUCUCUCCUCGCCAACAUCUCAAAACCCAUUGGAUGAGAAGGUCAAAGAGCUCUUCCCUCUGACCUUCUCAUCCAAUGGGAUUUGAGGAGGCAAGGAGAGAGGACAUGAGAAAUCAAGGAAAUGAAAUUAAUAUUCUCCCCAUGUGUCAGACUGUGACCUCUUGAGGAGAGGCAGGCGUAGUCAGAUUAUCUGCUCUCUCCUGGCUCAAUCAGCCAUUAUCUUGAGUUAUGGGCUAUGGUCAGAGCCAAUUGCCUGGACACAGAACAGACAGCGAAUUAUGUCCACCACAGCAACUGGUGCAGGGGCAGUAUUUCUGUUUGGUUUACAAUGGUGACAGAUAGGGAUGGGAUAUGUAGGAUUGAUUCAAUCAAAUGUAUUUAUAAAGCCCUUUCUACAUCAGCAGAUGUCACAAAGUGCUAUACAGAAACCCAGCCUAAAACCCCAAACAGUAAGCAAUGCAGAUGUAGAUCAGUAACAGACACAUAUAGUAUGUUUAUCUUUGCUUAAUUUACUGGGGACUAUACCUGUUUAACUUCAAAGCCACAAUGUAAUCCAUAUAAUACACUAAUACUGAAUGAAUAAGCAUUAUUCUGAAUGAAUAAGAAUACUAUUAUUUAUUUUCACAACAAUGUCUUCCCUGUCAAUGAAUCCUCAUCAAUCAUUAUAGUUCUCCUUACAGUAAAAUGGAGUGACUCAGAGAUUAGUAACAGUGUGUGUGUGUGUGUGUGUGUGUGUGUGUGUGUGUGUGUGUGUCAAUGCAGGCGCACGCUCGGCACCGUCCGUUUUUCGCGUGCGCGCGUGGGUAAAUAGGCACAGAGGAGAACAGGGUACGUCCUUUACCGGUAAAAACCCUCGCGGGGUUAACAACGGAAGAAGAAGACAGAAGUGGGAUGGAGUGAUGCUGAGCAGUGAGAGGAACCAGAGAGAAACAACGGGACCCGCGGUGACCACAGAGAAGCAGAAAGCACGGUAAGUAAAUGCAAGGCAAUGUAUUGAUUUAGCAUUUUAUCAAAGGGGUAUUAUUAACGCAAAUAGCCUGCGGUAGGGCUAUACUCACUGUGUAUAUCCCCUGCAGUCACUUGACUCACACUAAAAACAAUGGGCAGCUCAAUGCUGUGUCAUGUUUAGCCUAUCUGCACUGAGUUUUUGUUAGGGGCUUAUGCACUUCUGUAGGCUUACAAUAAUCUUCAAUUUAAGGUAUUUGCAUUUGCAAAAAUAAUUUGAUGAUACAGCAAUCCUUUGAAUUUGUGUGGCUUGUCUAUAGGCCUAAGUGAUAUAAAGGGAUUGUCAAGAUUGUCACAUUUUAUUAAUCAACAAUUUGUACUUAAAAUGGACAUAAUUGACAGAGCAGACCAUCUGUAAAAUUGUGUGUUGAGAACCUGAUGAUUCUAACAGGUUGCUGCCCUCUCACACGCACGCACGCACGCGCGCGCGCACACACACACACGCACACACACACACACACACACACACACACACUCCUGUCAUUCCAUAUGAUUUCAAUAACUUUCUGACUGCAACCCUUUUGAUUUGAACGAAACCUUCCAUACAUGUUUGCCCAUGGUAGAAGUGGUCAGAAAGGGAUUUUUUUUGCCAAAACAUUCAGGUGAUACAGUGGUGGAACAAGUACCCAAUUGUCAUACUUGAAUAAAAGAUACAUAAAUAGAAAAUGACUCAAUUAAAAGUGAAACUCACCCAGUAAAAUACUACUUGGGUAAGUAAAUGUAAUUGCUAAAAUAUACUUAAGUAUCAAAGGUAAAAGUAUGUAGCUCAGCUGGUAGAGCACGGCGCUUGUAACGCCAAGGUAGUGGGUUCAAUCCCUGGGACCACCCAUACACAAAACAUUUAUGCACGCAUGACUAUAAGUCACUUUGGAUAAAAGCGUCUGCUAAAUGGCAUAUUAUUAUUAUAUUAUUAUAAAUAAUUUCACAUUCCUUAUAUUAAGUAAACCAAUUUUUCUUGUUUUUUAUUUAUUUACGGAUAGCCACUCCAGCACUUAGACAAUAAUUUACAAAUGAAGCAUUUGUGUUUAGUGAGUCCUUCAGAUCAAAGGCAGCAGGGAGGAUCAGGGAUGUUAUCUUGAUAAGUGUGUGAAUUGGACGAUUUUCCUCUCCUGCUAAGCAUUCGGAAUGUAACAAGUACUUUUGGGUGUCAGGGAAAAUGUAUGGAGUAAAAAGUGCAUUAUUUUCUUUAGAAAAGUAGUGGAGUAAAAGGAAUCAAAAAUAUAAAUAGUAAAGUAAAGUACAGAUACCCCAAACAACUACUUAAGUAGUACGUUAAAGUAUUUUUACUUAAGUACUUUACACCACUGAGGAGAUAGACGUGCUCAAAGUUGACCCAUUUUGCAUACCCCAUCCUACCAGGAGACAUCCAUGUCUGCAUCACUAAAACAUAUAAAUAAUUGAGUUUUACAUCAUUUGAAAGCUUGAAAACCAGAUUGUCAAAAUAUUUUAAAAUUUCUUGAAAGAUAUAUGUUUUUUUUAAAAUAAAAAUUACGUACUUUUUUAACCUUUAACGUCAAUAUAAAAAAAACCUGCAUCAACUCCAAUUUUAUUCGUGUUCAUAUAAUUUAUGUUGUAGCUUAGACACUAUUUGACAUCAUCUGAGGGGUUUAUGUUGUGCCCGCCAUCUCUUCAGACACAGCAUACUCUUGAAUACAAGGUGGGUGUCAUGUUUUGGCUGAUAAAUUUACUAAAAUGUGAAUAAAAUGGAAAUGUCAACUUUCAAAUGGUAACACAAAGAUAGUUGGAGAACAUAUACGCAAAACGACAGCGGAUUCAAAAAAUAAUUUUUCAAUUAAAAUUAUUAUACAAAAUUAUUCUUAUAUAUAUGGGGGAUACAACAAUCCCAGCUUUGCAGAUUUUGCUGCGAAGAGACAGAAUCAUUAUAUCAUUUGUUUUGGUACUGUCCAUAUGUAGCUUGUUUUUGGUCGCAGGUACAGAAAUGGCUGAGGAAUUGCAACAUUUACCUGGAGCUAACUCUGCAGAUAGCACUACUGGGUGAUUUGAAAAGUCAUAGUCAAUCAAUAAAUAAUAUAAUAAUACUUUUAGGAAAAAUGUUUAUCUUUAUUUUACAAUCUGUAGAAACUAUGAGAAUAGAAAGGUUCAGAACUUUUGUAAAACAUCACAGCACAGUUGAAAAAUAUAUGGCAAAUAGAAAUCCAAUAUGGAUGGUGUUAAGAGAUAGAUGGGAGGGGUUGAGUGGAGCUGAAGGGUGGGACUAAUAACAACAAGAAAACUAAUGUAUAAUAGACUGUGUCCGUAAAAUGUAUAUAGGUUCAGAACUUUUGUGAAACAGCACAGUUAAAAAUAAAUGGCAAAUAGAAAUCAAACUGGAUGGUCUUCACAAAUAGAUGGGAGGGGUUGAGGGGAGCAGAAGGAUAGGAGUAAAAACAAACAAAAGAUAACUAUUGUCAAAUAGAUUGUGUCUGUAACAUUUAUAUAGUAUGUAUAAGCUGGAAGUAGAAGCCUAAGUGUUGUGGUUCAUGAGUUUACUCCAAUUAAGGGAGGGGUGGUAGGGUUAGUGGAAAACAAUAAAAUAAAAUAUAUAUAAAAAAAUAUAUAUAUAUAUAUACAGUACCAGUCAAGUUUGGACACACCUACUCAUUGCAGGGUUUUUAUUUUAUUUUUACAUUGUAAAUUAAUAGUGUUGACAUCAAAACUAUGAAAUAACACAUAUGGAAUCAUGUAGUAACCAAAAAAGUGUUAAACAAAUCAAAAUAUAUUUUAUAUUUGAGAUUCUACAAAGUAGCCACCCUUUUUACCUUGAUGACAGCUUUGCACACUCUUGGCAUUCUCUCAACCAGCUUCACCUGGAAUGCUUUUCCAACAGUCUUGAAGGAGUUCCCACAUAUGCUGAGCACUUGUUGGCUGCUUUUCCUUCACUCUGCGGUCCAACUCAUCCCAAACCAUCUCAAUUGGGUUGAGGUCGGGUGAUUGUGGAGGCCAGGUCAUCUGAUGCAUCACUCCCAUCACUCUCCGUCUUGGUAAAAUAGCCCUUACACAGCCUAAAGGUGUGUUUUGGGUCAUUGUCCUGUUGAAAAACAAAUGAUAGUCCCACUAAGCGCAAACCAGAUGGGAUGGCGUAUCGCUGCAGAAUGCUGUGGUAGCCAUGCUAAUUAAGUGUGGCUUGAAUUCUUAAUAAAUCACAGACAGUGUCACCAGCAAAGCACCCCCACAACAUCACACCUCCUCCUCCAUGCUUCCGGUGUGGGAACCACACAUGCGGAGAUCAUCCGUUCACCUACUCUGCGUCUCACAAAGACACAGUGGUCGACUCAUCAGACCAAAGGACAGAUUUCCACCGGUCUAAUGUCUAUUGCUUGUGUUUCUUGGCCCAAGCAAGUCUCUUCUUAUUAUUGGUGUCCUUUAGUAGUGGUUUCUUUGCAGCAAUCCGACCAUGAAGGCCUGAUUCACGCAGUCUCCUCUGAACAGUUGAUGUUGAGAUGUGUCUGUUACUUGAACUCUGUGAAGCAUUUAUUUGGGCUGCAAUCUGAGGUGCAGUUAACUCUAACCUCUGCUGCAGAGGUAACUCCUGUGGCGGUCCUCAUGAGAGCCAGUUUCAUCAUAGUGCUUGAUGGUUUUUGCGACUGCACUUGAAGAAACGUUCAAUGUUCUUGACAUUUUCCAUAUUGACUGACCUUCAUGUCUUGACGUAAUGAUGGACUGUCGUUUCUCUUUGCUUAUUUGAGCUGUUCUUGCCAUAAUAUGGACUUGGUCUUUUACCAAAUAGGGCUAUCUUCUGUAUACCACCCCUACCUUGUCACAACACAACUGAUUGGCUCAAAUGCAUUAAGAAGGAAAGAAAUUCCACAAAUUAACUUUUAAGAAGGCACACCUGUUAUUUGAAAUGCAUUCCAGGUGACUACCUCAUGAAGCUGGUUGAGAGAAUGCCAAGAGUGUGCAAAGCUGUCAUCAAGGCAAAGGGUGGCUACUUUGAAGAAUCUCAAAUAUAAAAUAUAUUUUGAUUUGUUUAACACUUUUUUGGUAACUACAUGAUUCCAUAUAUGUUAUUUCAUAGUUUUGAUGUCUUCACUAUUAUUCUACAAUGUAGAAAAUAGUAAAAAUAAAGAAAAUCCCUUGAAUGAGUUGGUGUGUCCAAACUUUUGACUGGUAUUUAUAUUAAACAGAUUUAUUCAGUAGUCCGUUAUGGAAGAUGACGAGACCUUUAAUUGUAAGAUCUAGACAUUUACAUUUAACAAGUAACCUUUUCUGCUGUGUGUGUUUUACUCGAAUCGAGUUUUUGUUUUUGAAUGCUGGUUUGGCUUAUUUCUGCCCUCCCCUUCUCCCAAACAGACAUGUAUUUACCUGCUCCCCUCUCCAUCCCUCCAGAGCACAGUAGCCAGAUGGAAGCUGUUGAUCUACUUAGUCAGAGGUGGAUGUAGAGACCAUUACCCAGACCAAAGCAAACAGUCACAGACUGCACUGCGCAAUUUACUGCUCACUGAGCUGUGGGUCCACUAACACUAAACCAUUAGAAACCAUUACACCUGCACGUUAUAGCCCAGAUUCCCAGAACAUUGUUUUAUUCAAGGAGCAGUAAAAGGUAAAUCACUAAGAAGUGUGUUUUAUGGUCUUCUUUGACCUGCUGGGCUUAAUUGCAGCACCUGUGGUUAUUUUGUAAAGAACAUGGCUGCUUAGUUUGAUUCAUCUAUUUCAUGUUGUGUUGUGUUGUGUUUGGUGCUGAUGCAAGCCACAGGGUGAUGUUAAACUGGAAGGACAUCCCUGUAAGUUUAAAGUUCUAAACAACAAGAUGUAAGUAUUUUCAAGAUGAGAAUAGUUUAUAUUUGUUAAUAGAUCUCUUAUUUACUCUUAACAUUCUCUUGAGGAGGACACCUGCUUCAUAGGUUUUCUAAGAGGUUCCAGUAAUCCAACUAGCUUACCUGAUCUCUUUCCCAUAUUGUGCCACUAACACAACCUAAAGAUACAUCAUACAACCCACUCUUAUCUCCUCUGUGGUCAGGUAAGACUUGUGAAGCUGUAUAGUAUGGAUUUGCAUUAGGUAGCCGUUGAGGAGAUGCUGCCCUGGAGCCCAUGGAGUGUUGACCAGUCUGUUAAUGAUUGAGCUGGGCUUCAACAAUGUUGCAGCCGGUUGCUAUGCAGGUGGAGAGAGGGGAUAGCUAGGUUACCAGAGUAGAUGCCCAAGGCAUGAGGGGGCUGCUGUAAAUAAACAUAUCUCACGGUUACACAGGUAAUUCAUGUGAAAACAGUACAUGUUUACCUUGCCCUGCAGCAAGGUUCAUUAACCGUGGGGACCUUUAGCUGACAUUUUGAAAUAAUUAUCAGAGCCGAUUCGAGGCCAAUGUUCUUUCCAUCAAUUGAGAAUAAGCCUCAUUUAGAAGCACAUAAUUGGUCUUGAAGAACUUUCCUUACUGUGGUUCUGAUCCUUCGCCUUGAUAAGGCUAGAAAUUGAGGCCAUUUGAAUGCGCGUGCAAGCAUGCACGCACACACACACACACACACUCUCUCUUACACACAUGCUCACACACACACACACAUUGAACUCAAUGAUUUCCUCUCUUCCUCACAUCCAGAGACGAUGGUGGGCCUGAGAAACCGGUCCACGUGGGCCCCGCUGCUCCUCAAGGCCUCCUGCAUCAAGUCCUGUGCCAACGGCUGCUCCCUGGGCAUUACCGCACAUCUCACCUACGCCAACACAGACACCGAACCUGUGGAGGGUGAGUGACAGCUCAGGUCAUAGGUCACACACUGAUGUCAUCUAUAGCCAGAUCUUGUCUUGGUCUUUCUGUAAUAGUCUUUCUGUAAUGUAGGUCUUCAACUGUUGUCUGUUGUCCUUUUAUUCAAUGCCCCUUGCACCUUUCCCCCACCCCUCUCCCCCAAGGUGUGUUUGUGUACCCGCUAGGGGAGAAGGAGGUGGUGGUGGGCUUUGAGGCGGUAAUUGCUGGCCGGAUGGUGGGAGUUCAGAUCCAGAGUCGGGGGAAGCUGGAGGACUGCUGUCUGGACUGCUGCCCAGGAUUGGGGCUCGAUGGCCAAUGUGGCAACGGACGGGAGUGGGGCUGCUGCGGGGACUCCAGCUUGGACAUGCAGUGUACCAAUGGUGAGCAAAGGGGGGGAAGGAGAGAGGUACGGCAGAAGGUAAGGAGGGAAAGGAAGGAAGGAAGGAAGGAAGGAAGGAAGGAAGGAAGGAAGGAAGGAAGGAAGGAAGGAAGGAAGGAAGAAAGAAAGAAUGGGAGGAAGGAAGGUAGGGAUGGAAGGAGGGAGGGAGUGAGACAUUUACAUUUUACAUUUUAGUCAUUUAGCAGACGCUCUUAUCCAGAGCGACUUACAGUUAGUGAAUACAUAUUUAUUUUUAUUUUUAUACUGGCCCCCCGUGGGAAUCGAACCCACAACCCUGGCGUUGCAAACGCCAUGCUCUAUCAACUGAGCUACAUCCCUGCCGGCCAUUCCCUCCCCUACCCUGGACGACGCUGGGCCAAUUGUGCGCCGCCCAUGAGUCUCCCGGUCGCGGCCGGCUGCGACAGAGCCUGGAUGAGAGAUAGGGCUGGAUGGAUAGAAGGACGGAAGGAGUGUAUCUCUACCAGAAUAAAAAUCCCCUUUACCUCAUUCCCUGAUUAAUUUAAUAUAAUGGUAUAAUCUUGUAGGAUGGGGCAGAGGACUGAAGCUAAAAGGAUUUGGCUUCUUGCCUCUUCGUGAAAUGGCUUUCACUUAGUAUAAAAAAUGUAUCAACUUUAAGUGAAUGUUAUGAUUCUAUUUAAUCCAUGGAACCAUGAUCUGAAGAUUUUUAUCUGAAUCUCUGUCUUUUAGGCCAUCUCAUCCUAGAUGAAGACUUGGAGCGAACCACCUUCAUCGUAGGCACAGGGGUCAUUGGCCCGAUGGACAUUGUAUCUGUCAUCAUUAGCACGACCAUGGAACUCCCCACCUUGAAGAGUGGUGCGAUCCGCCUGGUCUACCCCACAGUACUCACUCCCAUCGCCACAGGGCAGGUCACUGCAAGCAAAAGUGAAAAUGGGGGGAAAUCAGAUGAAACAGGGUAUUCCCCUCCCCUUUGAAAAUUAUCUAAAUGUUUGGUAGUUUGAUCUCAAUUAAAUUAAUUCCCAAGUGUUGAAAAAAUGUACAUUAUCCCAUAUCAUUAUUGGAAUUACCAAAAGUUCAUGUGAAAUUCAAACUCUGGCUCUUAAUAUUUUCCUUUCUAAUCUAUCCCUACUCUUCUUCCCCUGCAGACCCACCAGUUGUUUUGGAGCCACCUCAGGGAAACAGGAGAGGGUUUUGGGUUUGGAGCAACAGUGUGCCCAUGCCAUCUUCACCAGCCCUGCCACCAACGUGGCACCCUACGAGCUCAACUUCCAGCUGCUGGUCCGAGGGGCAUGCCUGCUGGCUGGUAUACCCAUAUUAUAUACCCAUCUAUCUAUUCAUUGGCACACAUUUAUUUACCCAGGAAGUCCCAUUGAUGUCAAAAUACCUAUUUCCCACUAAGUAGCUUUGCUAUGAUAUUGUAGCGAACAGCAGGACAGGGAAGUGAACCCGGGUUGCUGGCAUGAAAGGCAAACACCCUACCAAGGUUAACCCACUUGGUGGCAAUUGUAACUUGGCUCAUAUAGCGAGGAGUUCUUUGAGUACAGCAAGCACUUGAGUGGGUGGGAUAGGGGUGGGAGAAACAGCUCUUUCUAGCUUUAGCCUGUCUCCUGUAAUGACAUAGUGACAGAUACAAUUGGCCCUGGCAUUCCCAUAGUGAAAUAUGAAAUGUGUCUGGGGAGGCUGGACAAGGAACUCAGAGUGAGGCAGCCUAGGGAGAGGGACAGAGUAAGGGAGCUGAGAAACGAAGGAGGGAGCGGGUGUGUUUGGAACAAGGCCAGGCUACUGUAACUGUACUGUACAGCAGUCAAGAUAUUAGGUGGGGGAAAUUAGGCUACUCAAUCAGAUUGGGCGCUAGGAGGGCCUGUAGGGGAGUGGAGUCACUCCGGCCUGUCUGAGAGGGAGUGUAUCCUUCCCCUAGCCCCUUCCCCUAACCUCUUCCCCUAGCUGGCCCCUACCCCUAGCCCCUUCACCUAAUAGGACUAAGUGUUGUUGUUGAACUGGGUAUAUCUUGUCCCCUUCCCCUGCCCAGGUCUGGAAAGCCCUACCCACGCCCUGAGGGCAGAUGCAGACCCCAGCGCCCAGAGUGCUUCCGCCACCUACAUCACCCUGGCACAGGAACACCCCUAUGACAGACACAUAGAGAUCAUACUGCACCUCAGCGGUGAGAGAGAGUGUUUGUAUGUGUGUGGGUGUGCGUGUUUCACAAUAGUCUCCGAUGGCCUCCUUCCUUAUCUCACUGAUCUUGAGUUCUGUCCUCAAACUCUCUCCUCCAGAGCCUCACAGCCCAUUGGUCAUCCUGGAGAGGGGUCGGCUCACCUUCAGCCAAUACGAGCAGCAGAUCUGUUCCCGCCGCGACUUCAUUCGCUGUGCUCGCAAAGAGCUGGAACCAGAGAAGAAGGUGAGCUGGACUGAAAGCUAAAAAAUCACUUGGGUGCAAAUAACAGUGUGUGGCUUUAUUAUAUUUCCAUGAAACUAUUUACCCAACCCAGUACCUGGCAAAUAGUAUUUCUUACCCUUAUAAUACAUCUAUACAUUAUUUGGACUAACAUACAAUAUAUUCUGGCUGUAUAUGUUUUUUCUAUUUUUUAUUGUCUAAUAAAUUCUAUCAAUCAAUCCUCCUGUACAGUUGGAGUUUGUGAGAAAGCGGUACCACAAGGACAUCCUGAGCAGCCCGGUCCUGAUGCUCAACUUCUGUCCUGACCUGCUGUCUGAGCCUCCAGAGCUGCACCGCGCCACCAGGGAACUGCUCUUCCUCAUAGACCGCAGUGGCAGCAUGAGCGGCAUCAACAUCCACCGCAUCAAGGUGAUGAUGGAGAAAACACUGACACAGACAUAGUGAAGGAGAGGGGGUAAAAACACAUCUACAUACAUGAAGGUAAUCCCAUCCACCCUGACUCGGGCUGUUAAAAUUAUGGAGAAAAUAUCACAUGGAAUCUGUCUCAAGGGAAUGGUUUUCCCUCUGGUGAAGGGUUAUGGUUGUGCAUAUUCAAUGGAAGUAAAUUGUAAUUAUUUGGAAGAUAUUACAAAUAUAAAGGGGAUCUGAAUCGUGGAUUUUCAAAGAAUUGUUUUUACACGGAAGAAGAACAUCCUCAGACCAGACUUUUCAAUACUAACCCCAUGUCCACUUCCUGUCCCAACAGGAACCGAUGGUGGUAGCUCUGAAGAGUCUUCCUCCAGGCACCAUGCUCAACAUCAUAGGCUUCGGCACCACCAUCAAAGCCCUGUUCACCACCAGCAAGCUCUGCACAGACGUAAGUACUACUUCAGAGAGCAAAGGAAUAGUUCACCCUAUAAAGUCAAAGUUUGUCAGAUGCUUUCACUCCUCAAAGAAGUAAUCUAUUAUUGACUUGCACUCAUAUUCCCCACCAUCUGUUAUGUAGAUCCAUUAUGUAGAUCCAUAUAUAUGCAUUAAGAGAAAUCUGCAGCCUCAAUCCCAAAUGAAUGGGAAAUAUACUGUAUAACCUUGACAAUAAGGUUUCCAUUUACCAUGAGAGCAACCAUAAACUUCCAUGCAACCUUACAUGUGUGAAGAUCUACAAACCAUGUUAUGUGAACAACUUAACAUGCUCAGUCAGACAAGGUGCUCUCAACAGAACCAUGAUGAAAAAAAAAACAAACAUGUUUUAUUAUCACUUGUGGACCUUCUGUCCUGUCCUCUCUGUCCUCUUUGUUCCACCUCAAUCAGAGUCCAGGUCAGCUCACACCAGGGUUGCCCUAGCAGCUGAGUAUCAGGUUUUAGCCAGACCAGGACUGUGCAAGGACAAACAGCAGUUAAACAACAUAUGGUGACCUUUCAUGCAUAUUACAAUGAGGAAAAUGAGGAUGAGCCACUAGUUCUCUCUCUCUCUGUCUGGUUUAAUAAAUCACAGAUUGUCAUGGGCGUUUGUGUCCCCUUUGUGAUUUGGGUUAAGGCAGGUGCAAGUGCUGACAUUGGGUGACCUACACUGUUUGUUGUUCAGUGAUGGUCUACUACAGGUUUUGUUAUGUUUGUAUUCCCUUACAGGUUGGACAGGGCUUGAUUACAUUCUAACGUCAAUAGUAAUAUAGGAUUAUGUCUGUUUGAUUUAUUGUGGUAUUCCAAUGUUUACAGUUCAAACAAUAGGAAGGUACAUUAUUUACCCCGAUCUACCAGACAGAUAACAUGAGAUUUAUUGAAACUCAUAACUCGUGUCACUGCCCUUCAUUUCUCCUCGCCCAAUCUGAUGCAUAUCAUACUAUCCUUCUGUCAAUUCUUUAGUGUACAGUAGAUGUAUGCUAUCCCUACAUCUUCAUGCCCCCUUGUUGAUUAAAGUAAUUAAAAUCAUAGUUUGGUGAUCAUACACUGCUUAUCUAAUGAGUCCAUCAAUAUUAACCAAUAGGCAGUAGCCCUAUCUGUCCCUCCCCUACCCUACCCCCUCCCCUCCCCUCCCCUCCCCUCUCUCCCCAGGUGAUCUUGGCACAGUCCUGUGAGUACAUCCAGAAGAUGAGGGCUGACAUGCGGGAAACCAACCUGCUGGGGGCGCUGUCUUGGGUGUACCAGCAGCCCGUGCAGCGCUCCUGCCCCCGCCAGGUGUUCAUCAUCACAGACGGCAGCGUCAGCAGUGUAGGCAAGGUGCUGGAGCUGGUCCGCAGGAACACUUGUGCUGCCAGGUAUUGUCUGAUGGCAGCUGGUAGAAUGAGUAGAAAUGGGAACAUUUAGCAUUUAAAAUCUACUGUAUUGAUCAAAAGUGAUACUGUAGGUUCAACCCUGAAUAUUGUGGUAAUAAAGUGUGUCUAUGUAAGUCUGUGUGUUUGGAAGGAGAGAGAGGAAGGAAAAGAGAGAGUUACUAGAGAGAGAGAGUGGCUGAUACAGUAUGUCGUAGCAGAUAUAAGCCACACCCAUUAAUCCCACUAAGUGCUUCCCUCUGCAGUUACUGCCAUGCCCCUCUGGUCUGGUCUGGUCUGGUCUCCCUCCCUCCCACCCUCCUCCCCCCUCCCAGCUCCCUGGGCAUUGCACAAUAAUAACUAUAUUUAUCCUUCAUGAGUAUUCUACUGUUAGCCCAGCUAUCCCCCGACAGCACACUGGCUAUGUUAGUGAAGACGGAGGAACUUAUGGAGCAGUCAAACUACAAAUGUGAUUCCAACCUCUAACCCUAGCCCACGUGUACAUGCCUGGGUCUGUGUUUGUGUGUGUGAGUGUGCGUGUAUUGAUAUUCAUGUGGGACAGUCAGUCUACCCUGCCAGACAGAGGUAGCUGCAUUCAGAGCAGAGCGGCACGCUGUCCGUCACUUGGCCUUUUCAAUUAGUCUGGCCUGUGGCCCUUUCAGCCAUUCAAUUAGUGAAAUGCCAUUUGAUUGCUUUCAGUGUUGUGUAUAACACUGCUGUGUGUAGCUAAUAACUCAGGGUUAGAAUACGAAGGACACAGUAAAUCCAUCAUAGAUCACCUGGUUUUAAAGUGUCUAACUAAUAAAUCUGUCUAAAUUUGCACAGUACUCUCUCUCUCUCUCUCUUACGUCGAUGCCUUAUCGUCGCGAGCUCUCGCUCUGUCUCGUCCUAAGAGCGCUGCGAGCUCGACUCUCUGUGUCUCGCGUCUCUCUAUCUCUCCCUCUGCGAGAUAGAAUAUAUCUAUAUAUAUAUAUAUAUAAUUAUAUAUAUAUAUAUAUAUAUAUCAUAUAAUUUAUAUAUAGAUAUCUAUAUAACUGCAUAAGAUUAUUAUGGUUAUUAUCAAGGUGUUUUUGGUCUUGGCCUGGGCCCCAGAGCCUGCAGGAGGCUCCUACAGGGCGUUGCCAAGGUGACAGGUGGAACAACAGAGUUCUUGGGUGAGAGGAGAGGCUGCAGCCCAAGGUGAGAAGUGACAUCACUGCCCCCUAGUGGGGAAAUACUGUAGUAGGCUACUGGGGACAUGCACACUACUCUAACGUUCAAAGAUUAUUGCUUCCCUCUUCAACCUGAAAAUGCAAACACAUUUGAAUUAACCUUUAACCCCUAACCUAUAACCUCUAACGUUUAACUAAUCACUGACCCCUCAGCUGAUAAAGUCCCUGAAGAAGGCCUUUGAGCCAGUCCUCACUGAUGUACGAAUAGACUGGUACCUGCCUGAUAACAUGGAGGCUCUCCUGUCACCCAAUGAGAUCCCUCCGCUUUACCCAGGGAAUCGCCUGAUUGGCUACUGUACCCUGUACGAUGUGUCUAGCUUCAGAGGCAAGAAGACUGAGGUGAGUGUCCAACUAUCCCCUCUGGAAAGGCAUUCAAGUUUCCUGUCUUGUGGACAGCAUAUAUAUUGUGCAGAAUACAAAGUAAACUCAGUCCAUUCUCUCACCUUGUGUAGGGGCGUGGUCGGGGCUAUAAGGGCUUGUCUCGGGGCUCGGUUGGCUCUGUGUUCGGCCUAUCGAACGACGAGCUGUCCCCUCCCUCUGUGUCUGAGCUCCUCCCUCUGGUUACAUCAUCAGAAGGCGCAGACCUAGAGGAGGCGCUGAGGGAAAUCUCCCGGGAAAUCUCCUCAGAGUUCUCCUGUGCCAAAGACACUGACACUGGGACUAGUACAGGUGAAAUACUGAGAUGGUCACUCAAAAAAACAGUUCCCUCAAUCCAAUACCUGUAAAGUUCCUUUGGCUUUGCGCAUAUUACAGCUAAAGCACAAUGAUUAUAACUGUCUUACAAGCUCUCCUCUGAUAUCUCAUCCACAGGUGGGGAGGUGGAAUGGUCCAGUGAUGUUCGUCGUAGGAUCCAGGAGAGUUCUUACAUCCAGGAGCAGUAUGUUCUGACCCGCUGCUCCCUGAGCAGUGAGAGGGGUCUGCCCUACACCCACACCCACACCCCCUCUACCUCUGACUCUAUGGGAGGCCCUUACCCCCCUGACCUGCUCCCCAUCCCGUGCCUGGACACGGGUUCCCUGCCGCAGGGCCUCGAGAAGAUGGCUCCACCCGAACAGAGAAGCACCCUGUCCCGCUGGGGCGAGUCGCCAUGGCAACAGAUCGCUUCCUCCGAGAAUACGGAUUCCGUGUCAAAAAAGGUAGGACUGGCUUUGUUUACAACUGCAGUUUGAACCACCUCAUGCCUUUAGUCAUUAAACUACACUGCUGUAAAUAUUUUUUAACCCAGUGUAACUGUUUUCCCUUGUCACAAUCCAGGCAGGGCGUCUGUGUGCAGGGGAGGAGUCUCGAAGGAGACAGAGGGCAUUGGCCCGCUCCGCCAUGUCUGCGAGGAGUUUCUCCUCCCCCCAGGGUGAGCUGGACAUGCACCGCCUGCGGAGGGCGCUAGAGAGGGUCUCCUUCGACCAGGCAGUGGGGGGGAGGCUGGAGGAGAGCGAUGGGGAGAACCAGCCUACACCCAGAGGAGGGCUGUCCCGCAGGAGCCUCACUGACUCCAGUAGGUUAACUUCCUCACCUCUAAACUGAUGUCUGAAACUAAACUCCCUCAGACUCUCUUUCUCUCUCUUUUCCAUCCAUCAAUCCACUAACCCUCUCCCACCCCUCUUUCUCCCCCCCUAGACGGCCUGCUGUUCCCUGUCUCUCCUCUGGACUGGGACAGUUUCACCGACCCGGAAUACCUGUUUACCGCCGCCCCCCCGGACGACCCCCCCACGCCCCCUGCCCAGUGUCGCUCCCUCAUCCACGGCCUCCUGGGAGGCAGGCCCGUUUCCUGGGAGGUCACCGUGGACCUGACACAACUCUGGGCCCCUGAGGGCCAGGGGACAGGAGGGACGUCCAGGGGAGAAGGAGAAGGGGGGGACCUCUGGGAGGAAAUUAUCCACCAGCUGACCGUUCGCUCUGCCAUUAGGGACUUUGAGAAGAUGGCGGAGAAGGAGAGUGACAUUGAGCAUGGUGAGGGUUUACACCAGUGUUCCUCAAUUUUGGGAUUGAGGUCAUCACAGGGUGUACAGGGUUUUGUUUCAGCCUUGAUUAGUUGAGUACUGAGGGGUAUACUACAAAGCAGGAUCAAAGAGUUGUCCAGCUAACUUGCCUAAAUAUUCUGAUACAACUUAAUGUUUUUAAAAGAUAUGCUUGACAUUGGUAUGGUCUAAUUGAUUCAACAAACGAAAACACAUAGUCAGGUCCAAAAUUAUUGGCACCCUUGAUAAAGAUAAAUAAUAAUAAUAAUAAUAUGCCAUUUAGCAGACGCUUUUAUCCAAAGCGACUUACAGUCAUGCGUGCAUACAUUUUUGUGUAUGGGUGGUCCCGGGGAUCGAACCCACUACCUUGGCGUUACAAGCGCCGUGCUCUACCAGCUGAGCUACAGAGGACCACAAGAUGAGCAAAAGACUGUAUAAAAUAAAUAAUACAAAUACCAAGCUACAGGUAUCUGCCAAAAUAAAGGAAACACCAACAUGAAGAGUCUUAGUAGGGCAUUGGGCCACCAUGAGCCAGAACAGCUUUAAUGCAACUUCGCAUAGAUUCUGUCUGGAACUCUACUGGAGGGCUGCAACACCAUUUGAAUGGUACUGAAAACAGGGGUGCCAAUAAUUUUGACCCCUAUCUUUUUGAGAGAAAAAAAGUUUUACUUGGUAAACAAAAUCUCUUUCUCUGAGCAAUUGUAUUUGUAUGAAUAAUAUAAUUUCCCUACUUUUUUAGCAGGCAAUGGCUGUGUACACAGGCAGACGAAUUCUGAUAUUUUUCCACUUAUUGGGAAAAUAUCAGAAUUGGGCUGCCUGAGUAAACAAAGCCAAUAUAGCUCUGUAUUUGUAUUAUUUAUUUUAUACAGCCUUUUUUGCUCAUCUUCAUCAAGGGUGCCAAUCAUUUUAGACCUGACCGUAUCUAAGUUUAGCUUCUUUGAUGAACCAGAAAAUCUAGAGUUAUUUCUUGUUGCUUAUCAAAGUUAGAUGGCUAACUAAUUGAUCCUGCUUUGUAGUAUACCUGUCUCUCUAUGCGUAUGAUAGAUUGUAUGCUGUCUACUUGUUUUGCAGGACCUGCUAAGCGGUACCGUAUGAAGGCCAUCCAGACCAGUAAGAGCUGUAACAUCAUCUGUAUGUACACAGCCUUUACUGCCACCAACACCAGCAAGGGUCCAUCAGACAUUGUGGAAGUUAGAAACACAGGUAACACUUCAGACAGUUCCACAGUAAACCUGAAAACGGAUGGCCUAAGUUUAUAAUAUGCAUGGUAACUGAUAUGUCUGUUAACAGUGGAAGGGUAUCAAUCAAAUUUCCAUCAACUAAAUGGUUUUUAUAAAGCCAUUUUUACAUCAGCGAGUGUUUUACAGACACCCAGCCUAAAGCCCCAAACAGCAAGCAAUGCAGAUGCAGAAGCACGGUGGCUAGGUAAAACUCUCUACAAGGCAGGAACCUAGGAAGAAAGAGGGCGAGGAACCAGGCUCAGAGGAGUAUGGUUUGGAUAGCAGUGGUGUGUGGUGACUGUUGUCCUGUCAUGUGUAGGGUUGCGUUUGGGGAACAGACGGAGCUCCCAGUCAGGCAGUCGUAGACAGAGGGCCUACUCUGUGGGACUAGGCCGACGCCCCUCCAGCAGAGACAGUGAGGAAUUUGAGGACACCUGCAACUCCACAGGUAAACCUACAAUACAAUAAACCUACAGUCAUUAGUAAACCUGCAGAGGUCAAAUGGUAUGUAUAUUUUUAUUUGGAUCACCAUUAACCAAUGCCAUGAAGUCAGCUAGUCUACCUGGGUUCCGAUACAGAACUAAAAAGACAUUACAAACAAUGAACAUUACUUUUUUUAUUUUUUUAUUGACAUAGCAAGUAGACAUUACAGACAUUUAAAAUACCUGACAGGUAACACAUUUACAUACAAUAAUGAACUCCAGGUCUUGUAGUAGCCAUUUUGUUUGGUUGUUUCCCAGACAGGGAUGAUACUCCUGCCUCCCCCUGCAGCCUGAAGUCUUGGGACAGCAGUAAGUGCCAUUACAUUGGCUGAAUCUCAAACCGAACAUUUCGACCAUUCGAUCACUCAAUAUCCGAGUUCAUGAGUUGUUUCACUAUAACCUCUCUACAACCUGUUGUAAUAAAGCCAUUCAUUAUUGUUUAUCAAACGUGUGUGCCUCAGGUGCAGGGGGCAAUCCCUACCCUGCCAGUCCAUCAGCCGUGUCCGGCACCUCCUCCACCCGAUCCCAACGCUCAGCGGAAAGCAAGUCUGUGGAGAGCUUCUUUGGCUCCAGAUUCCCUCUUGGCAGACUGAGGUCGCCUAACUCCUCUGGGAAGCAGGCCCCUCUGAAGGGCCACUGUCUCUCUGCUGAGGCUGAGAAACACACAGACACAGAGAACCCAGACUACCUGCCUCUGGUGAGACAACUGUCCUCUCACUGCAUUUGAUCAUACGAUCAUUACAAUAGAUCCAGGCUGUGCCUAAAAGGUCUUAGGCCUAGAUUCAAUCAGAUCAAGCGUUAACCGGCAAUAGCAGACACCCGCAUAGCGGAUGUUUUGGAGGUGUCGGAGGUGGAACUGCAUUGGAGCCGUCAAAUCGGUGAGCAGCUGCUCUUGCGAUCAUUUUCACGAAGCCACACCUGCCCCACUCGUGUUAGAAGUUCAGAAUGAGAAAGUGUAGGCUAUAUAGAAAUAAUUACAAUUAAAUCGAAAAAUAAUUAAACUAAAUAAUGAGGAUUUCUAUCAUCCUAAUUGAGGUGUAGAUUACAUCUCACAUUCCAGUGUUUGAACUUGUAAAGAAGGCUGCAUGGGAUUGACUCCGUGCAGCCAAUGGCAAUGUCCACUUUAGGUAUAAUGUCAGGAGCCACUUGUGGAUUUGACAGCUCUUAACGCAGUUCCACCUCCAACACUGUCAAAACAACCGCCAUGUGGAUGUUGGCUAAAGUGGAUCUGAUUUAAUCAAGCCCUUAGUGCAAUUGUAUUAAAGGGCAAUUCCACCCCUUUUCAACCUCAUAUUCAGUAUCUCCAGCAUCAUACCAGUAUCUACAUAUGUGAAAACUAUGCGUUUCUAUGUUCUGUGGUUAAAAAGAUAAAAGUUCCUAAAAAGUCCUACUCGGUGACAUCAUUGAGAAGGAUUAAAUGUAGGAAAAAAAACAUUAUUUUCAAAACCUUCAACGAGUUUCUAGCCAGGGGGAGAGCAUUUUCCUGCUCUCCGCAUGAGUGUCCGCGAUCUCAUAGGGUUUGAAAAUCCCAGUUUUUUUUUUAAAGGUUUGUACCUUUGACGUCAUCAAAUUGCACUUUCUAACUUUAUAUUUGUACUACAAAACAUAGAAGUGUGCCAAUUUAACAUAUGUAGACAAUGGUAUGGUGCUGGAGAUAAUGAAUAUGAGGUUGAAAAGUGGUGGAAAUGCCCUUCAAGUUUUGAGACUUCUGAUAACUUGCUGUGAACUUUACUGUAAGUACUCUACUGAUAAUGAAUCUACAAGAAGUAUUUAGAGGUGGGUACCUGAUUUCAGAGUUAGUAUCUGGUAUCUCCUCCACAGGUACGUCUCCAGUUGGCAUCUGGGGCCUUCCUCCUGACAGAGGUCUACUCUGACUGCAUCCAGAUUCCCCUGGACCGUCUGAAGAGGGCGUCCCCCUACAGCCGCCACCGCAGCAGCCUCAGCCCCCCCUUCCGCUGCACCUCCGCCAACGCCCCAACAAUCCCCUCCUCCACCACUACCAAGCUCCCAACUGGUACCCCCCUCUACCACACCACCUCCUCUACCAAGCCUCCUAGUCCCCCCCAUCACCACACCUCCACCUCUACUGGUACCAAGCCCUCGGUUAGCCCCCACACCCCAGACAACCCUCCCCCAAUCCUGGACCCCCGACUCCGCAGGAGACGCUUCUCCGACCGGGGCCGAGAGCCCCUGAUGACCCUCCUCGACCCCCCUAGCUCCGAGGAAGGCUCCCCUGACAUGACAGGUGGCCCUCUCCCCCAGACCCAGGCAGACAGCGGGCGCGGCUCAGAGACUGACGUCUGUGAGGGUUCUCUGUUGGAUCCAGCAGCUCCAGACCCCCAGGGGAGCGACCAGCUGGCUCUGGGAGACCUGGAGGGCUCGAGCUGGGCCACGGCCGUGGCUCUGGCCUGGCUGGAGCACCGCUGUGCAGGGUUUUUCAUGGAGUGGGAGCUGGUGGCAGCCAAGGCGGACUUCUGGCUACGGGGCCAGGAGCUGCCGGAGGGGGUGGACCUGGCCGGGCUGAAGGGGGCUGCCAGACAGCUGUUUCUGCUGCUCCGCCACUGGGACGAGAACAUCCAGCUCAACAUGCUCUGCUACAAUCCCAACAACAUGUGA